AUGGAUGCCUUGGUGUUGGAGUUUUGGCAGGGCUUACUGGAUAGGAGGCAUAUCAACAUUUCAGAGUGUGCUUUCCAGCGAUUGUAUUCUUAUGGCAAGCGUGAGGGGUUUUUCCCUAUGGUUGAGAAAGCUUUUUCGAAGCAGGCUUGGGAUUCCUUAGGGGAUUCCCUGAUUCCUGCAAGGUGCUCCGUGGACCUGGCGGAUCUCCUGGUGACCUGGAGGCUUUGCGACCGAGCUCUGGGGAGCUAUGGGUCCUCUUCUGUUGACUCCGUGGGAGAUUUCUCGGAGUUGGGCAAAGUGGAUGGGAUGACUUCCAGCUCUGGAAGUGGGGCGGACUUCUCCCUCCCCACGAUGCCGCUGCGCUGGGGGAAGGCAGUGUCUCCGACUGGGAGCAAUGGAAGGCAGGGAGCCACUGGGGCGUGGCCCCGCGCUGCUCCUGGACGCAGGCUCGGUGACGAUUCCGUGUCCCCAUUGCGGGGGCGCUGUGCGGAGGCAGGCGGGGGCAGUCCUGGAGGACGGAGAGCUGAGAACCGGCUGCGGAGAGAUAGCGGCUUCGGGUCCACUGGGCUGCCUCAGGUUCACUGGACCGCUGUCCUGACAGACAAGGAUCGUCUUGAGUCAGUGUGCACCCUGUCCAUCCCUGGUGAUACGCCGCUUGACGUUGACCUCCGCAGCGUGGACAUCACAAUUGUCAGGCUUGCCGACUGGUUCCCAGAGUGGCCUUUGGAACUGGUGCAGACAUCUGUUGCGGGGUUGGCAGGAGCAGCACAAUGCUAUGUGAGCCGGAGGCCUAUGUUCAUCGUGAACCCAGAGGGAGACAUGGCCAUGGUUUGGCUGUACAUUACAAAUGGCUCUUGAAUAAAUUUCUAGGGGAGGGAUGUUCUGGCUGCAUGGGGAGUGCACAUCAGGACAAAUUUUUGAUGGGGGCCAUGGUGCUAGAAGGCGUGGACUGUCCUAUGCCUCCUAUAUGGUGGCUGGUGGACAAACCCUUUUGGGAAAACCAGUGGCCCCUCCCUCAAGAUAAAUUAGUCACCCUCCAUGAUUUAGUGCAAGAACAGUUGGACCAGGGUCAUCUGGAGCCUUCUACCAGUCCCUGUAACACUCCUGUUUUCUGCAUCAAGAAAAAGUCUGGGAAAUGGAGGUUGCUACAAGACCUCCAGAAAGUUAAUGCUGUGAUGGAAAGCAUGGGGAUGUUGCAGGUUGGCAUGGCAUCACGCACCAUGCUUCCUGCUGAUUGGCUAGUCGUCAUUGUGGAUCUGAAGGAUUGUUUCUUUACAAUUCCUUUGCAUCCCGAUGACAGACUGAAAUUUGCCUUCUUGGUGCCAGCUGUCAAUAAUUCUGAGCCCACACAUAGAUAUCAGUGGAGGGUUUUGCCACAAGGCAUGCGGAAUUCGCCAGCCAUUUGCCAAUGGUAUGUGACUUGAG